GGUGGUGGUAUUUGAGUCACUCAUCUCGACUUUCGUUUCUUCUCUCUCUCUCUUCCCAAAACCCAAACCCUUAAAACUUUGGCCUCGCCCGGCUCGCUCGCUCUUUUGUGGCGGCUUUCCCUCCCCAUCUCCUCCUAGGGUUCUUUUGUUCUCUCACUCUAAGAAAUCUAUCCCUCACUCAUGGCCGCCGUUGCACCGCCCGCAGAUCAGGCUGCAGAUUUACUGCAGAAGCUGUCUAUGGACUCGCAAGCAAAGACUAUUGAAAUUCCUGAAGCCACUAAGAAGCCAUCAGUUGAUUCCGGAAACGUGGCUAAUGGAAUACAAAUGGAUCGUUCUGUCACACCUCAAAUUCCAGAUUUUAUGGAUCCUACGGUGUGCUACGUUCCAAAUUAUCCAUCUACUGCUUACUACUAUGGUGGCUUUGAGGGUAAUGAAUGGGAAGAUUACACAAGAUACAUGAACCCAGAUGGAGUGGAGCUAACUCCGGGAGCUUAUGGGGACAAUGGAUCACUUAUGUAUCACCAUGGUUACGGCUAUUCUCCUUAUGGGCCAUAUUCACCGGCUGCUUCCCCAAUUCCAACAUUGGGUCAUGAUGGUCAGCUGUAUGGACCUCAGCAUUAUCAGUACCCAACUCCUUAUUUCCAGUCAUUGCCACCCACGAGUGGUCCGUACCCCUCUGCUGCUGCCCCUGCAAAAGGUGACGUAGCAACCUCUGUGGCCACUGACCAAGUGCCUUUGCCGGUGGAUUCUUCAAAUACGAAAUCUACUGGCAUUGCUAAUAGUGGGGCCACAAAAGGAAACAAUGGUACAAUGGUGGCAAGACCAACAUACCAAAAUUCAUCAUUUAAUGCGAAUGGCUCCUAUGGAAGAGGUGCUUUGCCUGGGGGAAUUCCAGCCUCUGGUUAUCAAGAUCUGCGAUUUGCUUUUGAUGGUUUACAUUCACCUAUUCCGUGGUUGGAGAGUCCAUAUUUUUCAGAUGCCCAACAAAGGCCUAUAACUAGUUCAUCGAUGACCUCUGCAGUUGGGAAUGGAAACAGUGUCCCUUCGUCGAGGAAUCAGAAUUACCGGCCUCACCUGAUGGGUUUGAACCACCCAAGGCCAAUGUCCACCAUGAACAGUGCUAAUGGAUACAUUAAUCGAAUGUAUCCAAACAAGUUAUAUGGCCAAUAUGGAAAUGCAUACAGAUCUGGUGUGGGCUAUGGGUCUAAUGGUUAUGAUACACGAUCGGGUGGACGUGGCUGGAUGGCUGUUGAUAGCAAGUACAAGCCCAGGGGAAGGGGAAACGGAUUUUACGGUUAUGGCAACGAGAACAUGGAUGGUCUAAAUGAAUUGAACCGGGGGCCAAGAACCAAGAGCACCAAGAACCUAAAGGGAUUUACACCAGUAGCUUUGGCUGUCAAAGGUCAAAAUAUCCUGUUGGCUGAAACAGCUGACAAUGAGAAGUCAAGUGUGAUUCCUGAUCGAGAACAGUACAACAGAAUAGACUUUCCUGAAACUUAUCCUGAUGCCAAAUUUUUUAUUAUCAAAUCAUACAGCGAGGAUGACGUCCAUAAGAGCAUCAAGUACAAUAUGUGGGCUAGCACGCCAAAUGGUAACAAAAAGCUUGAUGCAGCUUACCAGAGUGCUCAACAAAAACCUGGAAGCUGCCCUAUUUUCCUUUUCUUUUCAGUUAAUACCAGUGGUCAAUUUGUUGGGGUUGCUGAGAUGGUUGGUCCUGUCGACUUCAAUAAGAAUGUGGAUUACUGGCAGCAAGACAAAUGGAUUGGUUGUUUUCCUGUGAAGUGGCAUAUUGUGAAGGAUGUUCCGAACAGUUUGUUGAAGCACAUUACCCUCGAGAAUAAUGAGAACAAACCUGUAACCAAUAGCAGGGACACCCAGGAGGUUAAACUUGAGCAGGGACUUCAGGUGCUCAAAAUUUUCAAGGAUCACAUAAGCAAGCAAUGCAUCUUGGAUGAUUUUGAAUUCUACGAGGAUAGACAGAAGAAAAUCCUGGAGAAGAAAGCCAAGCAACAACAUUUCCACAACAAGACUCAAGUCUGGGAAGGCAAAGUAACUGAAGAGAAGAAUAAGGAGUGCAAGGUAGGUGUAAAUGCUGCAUCAGCUGUAGAGAAAGAAGUAGAGAAAGAAAGUGCAUCAGCUAUUGUGGCGAAUGGGAAUAGCAAUGUCCCAGAAAACAUCUCUCUACCGAAUUCCGGUGAUGCUCCGAUGAGUGUAAAACCUGGCGCUCCUAUUGCAGAGAAGAAAGUCGUGGCUAAUGGGGUUGCAAAUGGAUGUUAGAUUGGGUUGUGGGAAUACAGUAGUAGUAAAAGCCAUGGGGCUGCCCUGCCGCGCCAGCUCUACCGACUCCUGAGUGCAAGCACAGGAAGAGUUGUUCAGCUAGCAAGCCGCUCCAUUUUUCCUGUCCUUGAUUGGUCUGGGGUUUUUUUUUCUUUUCUUUUUAAGGAAGUUAUUGUGGCUUUUUCUUUGUUGUCAGUUUUUAUAUUUUUCUCCUUUUUUUGUGCUCGUUUUAAUUUUGUGGUGUAAGAUCCGAUCUUGUUUAAUAGCUCCUGAUUUAAGAGGUGUUCGAUA